CGGCAAUUUUGUGAUAAAAAAUACAUCGUGAAUGUGGCGUGUGUUGUUUGGUAAUUCGUGAUUCGUAAAUAAAAUGCCUUCAAUAGACUAGUAAUUAUUGUUGUAAGUGUAAUUCUUAAAAGUAAAACAAUAAUUUGUUUGAAAACCUUUUAUUGACGGCACGAACUAUUGACUAAAAGUGUUAAUCGUUUGAUAUUUUAUCAUAUGUUGCACGCCUUUGGGGUCUCGAUGAAGACAAAAAAAUAAUCGGUAAUUCCGAUGCUAAAUUGAUAAUGCAGUAAGUUAUAUGUCAAUAUUUGGCAUUAAAUUAUCGCAAUAGCCCUAUGACAACCAAUAAAGUUUCUUGAAGCAUAAUUUAAUGCAUAUAAAAUGAGAUGGUUCAUGAUCUUGCACUCUUUUUAUGAUAUCGUAAUCAUUGAUGCUCGGCGAGCUCAAAUAUAUACAUGAAAUAGACACAAGCAGUCUUCCGGCACGUUAUUGCGCUUGCUUGUGACAAUGCAGUGCCCUAUGUACAAUCUUAUUUUUUAAAUCAUUUUACAAAGCAUCUAAACUUCAUAAUGGUUGUCAGAGCUGUAUCAGAAUAAAGCAAAUAUGAGUCACAACUUGGCUGGAAUGCCCUCCUACAGGUUGCAGGGUCCUGGUUUGGGCCCUCCAGAUUUCAAACCACCCAUGGAUACACCCACACCUCCUGCUCCUGCACCAAGUAAUCCCAAAAAGAGAAGGAAAACUUCAAAUGCCAAUAAUGCCUUAACUACACAACAGACUCCACCUACAGUACAAGAUUUACUACCUCCUCCAUUGACAGGGUAUGGAGAUACAAUUGUUGCUUCAAACCCUUUUGAUGAUUCACCUUCAACUGUAUCACACAAUGGGCCAAUGAUGAGUCAAAAUGGACCUAUGAUGAAUCAAAAUGGCCCGAUGGGAAUGAUGGGACCUAUGCACAGUAUGGGAGGACCACCUAUGAGACACAUGAGUCCCUUACCCCACAAUAUAAGUCCAAUGAAUCAACAAAUGCCACCUAGAGGAGGAAUCAGCCCUAUGGGUAACAUGAGCCCCAUGGGUCAUAUGGGCGGUAUGUCACCUAUGGGUGGUCCUAACAUGGGUAUGAGCAAUCACAGUAUGGGGCCUGGUAUGGGAGGAUCAAGGUCUAUGGGGAGUCCUAUGAGCCCAAUGAACUCUAUGCCAAUGGGUUCUCCUAUGUCAACAGGACCAAUGGGAAGUCCAAUGAAUAUGGGUUCUAUGGCUGGUAGUCAUAUGAGUAACAGCCCAAUGGGUCCACCAAUGCAUAGUCCAUUAGGAGCAGGAUCUAUGAAUGGGCCUAUGGGUGGCGGAGGACCAAGUAUGAAUGUUCCCCGGAUGAAUGGGCCAAUGGGACCUAAUUGUUCUAAUGGUAGUAUGGGCCCAAGCAAUUCUAUUAUGUCUCCAAGUACUAUGCAAAAUAGUGGAAUGGGGCCUGGACAUUGUGGACCAAUGAGACAUGGUAGUCCAAUGGGAUCAGGCAUUGGCGGUGGGCCUAUGGGUGUUAAUGGCCCAAUGAACUCAAUGGGGCCUGGGCCGCCAUAUUCUAAUAGCCAUAUGGGGCAUGGUGGGCCCAUGGGAAUGAGUGGAAGUGGUUCAAUGGGAAUGGGUCCUGGCCCAGGAAAUAUGGGUAAUUGUGGACCUUUGGCGGGCAUGAGUGGAAUGGCAAUGGGAGGACCAGGAAGUCAAGGACCUAUGGGUCAAGGAAUGGGUAUGUUUGGGCCUAAGCCAAUGCCAGUGAGUGCGGGGAAAGUGUAUCCACCAGAUCAACCCAUGGUCUUCAACCCACAGAAUCCAAAUGCACCACCUAUAUAUCCUUGUGGUGUUUGUCACAAAGAAGUACAUGAUAAUGAUCAGGCUAUUUUAUGUGAAUCUGGAUGCAAUUUUUGGUUUCACAGGGGAUGCACAGGUCUAACAGAGCCUGCUUUUCAGCUUUUGACAGCAGAAGUCUACGCGGAGUGGGUUUGUGACAAGUGCCUGCACUCUAAAAACAUACCUCUUGUAAAAUUUAAGCCAUAGCGAUGAGCCCUACCUUCGCCCGUCCUGCCACACCAUUGAGUAUGCUCAUUGCCACUCAUCACAAGUAUUUAUUUCACUUCAUCUAGUUUGUUUUUAAUCGUAAAUUAAAAAUGAAAUGGUUUAUAAGUUUUGGGUCCUUAUUCUAUAUAAAUUCUUAAACUAUGAGAAUUGCCAACCAUUUUUAUAUGAAGUUAUUACAAUUCUCAUGGUUUUAGAUUUUAGAAUUUUGGCCAUAGAAGGAUCUCAUACUGGGUUCGUGUGUUUAAUUGUACCAACUUGGCAUUUUUACACGAUUACGGCAAUUACAAAUCGUAAAGUAUACACAAAUUGUAAGGUAAUACAUACAAAAAGCAAUCUUAUGUGAUCUUUCAUUAGGAAGUAAACUAAAUCUGAUUUAAGCAAUAUUAUGAUGACGCCAUUUUGUGGCUCAUGUGCGCUUUAGUCUGUGCAUAGUGUACAUAUAGUCUAAGAUUCAACUUCCGCCUUAUAAAAAUUGUGACUUAGCGUACUUUCAACAAUUAUUACAGUUUGCUCAGCAAAUAGUAAAGCUCAAUUUUAGUUUGAAAGUACAUGUACAAGUAUGUCUAGUGGCAGAAGGUUUUUUUUCAUAGACUGUAAUGAUGUGCAGUGCAAAUAAAAAGAUUUUUGUAGAGAAAAUAUAAUAGUUUUAACUAAAUUGAAACGACAUUUUCUUGUUAUAAAUAGCUGGUGCUAUUUAAUCUCACAUUUAGGUCCAUGCUUGUUAAGUGUGGCUUUAGUUAUAUUAAAGUUUACUAAAGAGCAAACCACUUUAUUCUACAAAGUUAGUCACUAGGUCUUGGUUGUUCAAUACGUAAUGAGUACCCUUUUUAACUGACUUUGUUUUUUGUCUGUCACUUGAGUAAUUUUACAAAGAACACUAUUGAAAACAUUAAAUCUCUGCCCCUAGAUGUCAAAAGCACAAACCGAAUCACACACAAUACGAGCUUUAAAUUCAAUCACCUUAUAUACAACUUUUCACCAGUUUAUUUCUAUAUGUAUAUAAACUUAAACUAAGACCCAUAGUCUAGACUGUUACUAGAGUUAAACAUUAACCUGUAGGGCUAUUCACUAUUUAAAUGAUAUCUACUAUGUCAUUUGAUGUAAUCACAAUAUUUGGUUUUGUUUAGCUUAUUAACUUAUCGACGUAACAAAAGUCAUGGGGAGUAUUUUUUAAUACAAAUACCUAAUAUAAACUAUAAAAUCCUUACAAAGAUUAAUCGGUACUUCUGACGUUAUUCUAUAGCCUAUAUGGAUAUUUGUCAACUAAAACAUGCAAUAGCACUGUAACCUGUUGUAUUUCCCAUCAAUAAAAGGAUUUACUCUUGAUGAUGGGAAUAAUGAAUAAUUAUCAAAUUAAAAUAAAGCUUGAAUACAUUUUGGCAUGUGGGUCUUAACUGUUGCAAUUAGAUUUUAAUUAACAACUACCAUGUAAAUUAUUUGAUGGUGAACUUAAAGGGCUUUAUUAUCCAAGCGGAAAGAUUUCACAUUAAUUUUCCAUUAAACAUUUUAAUUAUAUUUCACAUUUUUAUUUUUAUUGGUCUUGAUGGCUUUAACUUAAUAUCGUAUUUUGUCAUUUUUACUAAUUAUUGAAUACUAACCCCGUUAUUUGUAAACAUACUUUAAGCUGAAUAUACGUUUUUAGUUCUUCCAGUCUUUCCGCUGUGGAAUGUAUCAAAAUAAACAACCCAGUGCUAGGCAAGUCAUGUACUUAUUAUUUGCAUGUAAUAUUAGCGCGUUAAUGAAAUUGUACAUACUAUAAUGAAUCCAUACGCUUUGUUAACUAUAGGAGUGUUAAAAUGUGUUUGUCAAUUUUUUAACUUUUGAAGAUUUUUUAAGGAUAAAUUGUAAAAUAAGUUGUGUAAAUAACAUAAUAGUGAGUAGAUAAUGAGAUUAUAUAAAUUCGAUUGACUUUGGGUACACGCGGUUGUGAAUUGUCAGUGCCGUGGUUUACGCCGUCUAAUCCUGUGAUGUCAAUCUCCGAAUCUUUCUAUCAUAUUAUUUAAUGUUUGAUUACCUUAUCGUGUAUAAAUUUGUUUUAAAUUGGGACAUUUCAUUUUAAUUUUCAAAACAGUUUGAACAUAUGUACUACCUUGUGCCAUUUCCUAUACUCCGAUAUUUAAAAUAGAGCAACUGAACCAAGCAGCUUUUUUUAUAUAGUUUGUGAAAUUAAUUUACCACAUGGAUUUAUUUUUCAGUUAACUUUAACAUGCUCACCUCGGGUAUAGAAUGAUUGGGAAGCAUGAAUGAGUUCCUUUAUGUCGUUCAUAUUUGUGUCAUGUAAAUUAGGUGUAACCCCUUAAAAAUUGACUUUAUUUGCCUGUAACAAAAUACCGCAGUGUAACGUCGAUAUUUGUUUUAUUUUCAUAAUAACGUUUUGUUGAUUAUUCUUAUAGUCAACGCUCGUUUUAUGCAUUACAAAAUAUAGGAUUGCAGCGUUAUCUUUAAUGAGAUUACAUGAUUAUUUUAUUUAUCAAAACCAUGACAUUAUUUUUAAUCGCGACUCACGUUUAUAGAUACAUAAGUAUUAUUAUAUACACUUUUAUACAAUUUCUAACCAUUUAGAUACUAUAAAUAUCGUUGUAAAUGUUUUACCUUUAACAUUGAAAUGGAUUGGUCUGGUUUAACAUAAAUUUUAGUUUGAAUCAUUUUUCGAUAAAAUGGCCAUUAUAAAAUAGUAAUAGUUAAAGUCGCCUAGUUUAGCUGCCGAAUUAAACUCAUGUAAAUAAUAUGAAUUAUGGAGCCACUUGUACAGUUACAUUAUUUAGAUUUAUGUCUAGUGUAAUUUGGCCAUUAAUGUAAAAUUAUUUAAAUACAGUGAGAGCAUCACAAUUAUUAUUUACGGGAGACUGCUGCUAUGUACAUUAAUUAUAUACUUAUAUUUAAAUAACUUUUCAGUCGUCAUGUUGUGAUGAAAUAAUACGUUGUAAUUCUGAAUAUUUUAUAAAGUCAAAAUAGAGUUAAGUCAGUGGUCUUAAACUUGUGCAUAGUUUAUUUUGUAUUAUGUGAAUAAUAACAAGCAAUAAUAAAA